AGAUUAUCCUAUAAAUAUUGUCGUCAAUGAAUAUUAUUACGAUUGUCUGAGCCGUUCACGAUGAAGAGUUUCCUCAGUAUUAGCUUCGGACUUUUCCUGUUUUUAGGAAUAGAAUCAAAGUCUUUAAAUGACAAUAUUGUUAAAAAGCGAGUAUUUGCGGAUCUCUAUGGAAAACUUAACCCAACGGUAAGAGGAGAUCCCGGAGAACCCCUCAUUUUAACGGACUUGAUUGAAGCAGGAAAACUGGAUGAAGCUCAAGAUAAAGCUCGUGUUCAAGGAUUGGACACGGAUAUUGAAAGUUACUCUGGGUAUUUGACUGUUGAUAAAGAACAUGAUUCUAAUUUGUUCUUCUGGUUCUUUCCUUCACAAGGCAAUGCAAGUUUUGACCCGGUAGUUCUGUGGCUCCAAGGAGGACCAGGAUCUACAUCUAUGUUUGGACUUUUUAAAGAAAAUGGACCGGUUCUAUUAAAAGACGGCAAGCUUGAUAUUAGAGAGACAACUUGGAAUAAGAACAACUCACUUAUAUACAUUGACCAGCCAGCUGGAACUGGAUGGAGUUUUACCACUGAUGGAUAUGCUUCCAAUCAAACUAAAGUAGCUGCUGAUUUAUAUGAAGCCUUACAUCAGUUUUUCACCCUAUUUUAUCAGUACCAACAUCAAGACUUUUACGUUACAGGAGAAUCUUAUGCAGGAAAAUAUGUUCCUGCUAUAAGUUAUAAAAUUCAUCAAGCAAAUACGGAAGCAGAGCUGAAGAUUAACCUCAAGGGUUUAGCUAUUGGUAAUGGUCAUACUGAUCCUAUUGAACAGAUUCAUUAUGCUGAGUAUGCGUAUCAAAUUGGAGUCAUUGAUUUGAAUGCAAGAAAUAUACUACAAGGUACACAGCAGAGAGUUGUGGAACUUAUAAAAUCAGAAGAUUAUGCUGAAGCGUACGACCUUUGGAGUGAUAUCAUACAAACUAUACAGGAAUUUUCAGCAUUAAACAUAUAUAACUAUUUAACAAUUAAAGAUACUGUUAAUGAUGAAACAGAAAUGAAUGAAUUUUUAAGUACAGAAGAGGUCAGAAAGGCAAUUCAUGUUGGAAAUGCUACUUUCAAUCCACCGGACGAAGUUUACGCUAAUCUCGAAGAAGAUUUUCCUAAAUCAGAGGCACUGCACGUCGCUGAACUUUUGAAAUACUAUAGAGUUUUAAUUUACAGCGGACAAACAGAUCUCAUGAUCCCUUAUGUUUUGACAGAGAGCUAUUUACAGAAUCUUAAAUUUCCUGGAUCCGAUGAUUAUGCAAAAGCAGAAAGGAUUGUAUGGCAUGACGAAAAUGAUCCAGAUGUGGUUGCUGGGUACGCGAAGACAGCUGGAAAUUUAACCGAAAUUUUGGUUAGAAACGCUGGUCAUCUGGUACCGACAGAUCAACCAGAAUGGGCGCUACAACUUAUUAAUAAGUUUACAAGAAACGUAACUUUUAUCUAAUUGACAAUAAUUAAAUAACAUUAACAAAAAUUUGCAAAAUUGUGUGAUUCUAUAAAUAAAGAAUACAAAAUAGA